UUCACACUGCAACUCACUCCCAUGGUCACCUCCAACUGCCAACCUUCGAAGUUCAACUUCGGAACUCUCUCUCCCCAAUUCUCCCCCAUUCGAAACCCUAGAAAUGCUCAGCACCUCCCCAAUCCAUGUCUCCGUCGCCGCCAGUCCCCACGCAACUGCCUGGCCUUCUCCUCCGAGUGGAACCACUCCUCCGCGACUCGUUACUCGCCGAGCGAGGCGAAGAGGAAGCAGAGGUGCCGAGAAGAAGAAGGAGUAGCAGGCGAAGGGGAGGAUCAGGAGAGAAAGGUGCAUUGCGAAGUGGAGGUGGUUUCGUGGAGGGAACGCGGAAUCAAGGCGGAGACUUUCGUCCACGCCGAUGUCGAAACGGUUUGGAAUUCGCUCACGGAUUACGAGCGUCUUGCGGAUUUCGUUCCCAAUCUUGUCUCCAGUGGGAGAAUUCCAUGCCCAUAUCCCGGCCGGAUAUGGUUGGAACAGAGAGGCUUCCAAAGGGCACUCUAUUGGCAUAUUGAAGCUCGGGUUGUUUUGGACCUUCAAGAAUUUAUCCAUUCUGAUUAUGAUCGUGAACUCCAUUUCUCAAUGGUUGAUGGGGAUUUCAAAAAGUUUGAAGGCAAAUGGUCUGUAAAAUGUGGGACGAGAUCAUCGUCGUCCAUUUUAUCAUAUGAAGUUAAUGUGAUACCAAGAUUCAACUUUCCUGCCAUCUUCUUGGAAAGAAUUAUUAGAUCGGAUCUUCCGGUUAAUCUUCGAGCUUUAGCUUGUAGAUCUGAAAGAAAUUUCGAUGGGAAUCAGGAGAUAGCCUUCACUCAAAAUUCCUUGGAUAGAACUUCCACGGCUGUUAGUAGGUCAUUUCAAAUAGAUGGAGAUGUUGCUUUGGAUGGAAAGGAUAAUCUACCACCUACAGAGUUCAAAAAUGGUUUUUCAGUCUCUAAUUUUGGUCCCUUGACCCCGUCUAUUGGUGAGUCAAAUAGUAAAUUGGGCAUACUUGGAAAAGCUUGCAGUCUGGAUCGGCAUUGCAUGGUGGAUGAGGUUCACCUUCGAAGAUUUGAUGGUCUAUUGGAAAAUGGAGGUGUCCAUCGAUUCGUUGCGGCUAGCAUAACAGUGAAAGCUUCAGUUCGUGAAGUAUGGAACGUUUUGACUGAUUAUGAAAGUCUUCCUGAGAUAGUUCCAAAUUUAGCAAUUUGUAGGAUAUUAUCAAGAGAAAACAACAAAGUUCGCAUUCUUCAGGAAGGGUGCAAGGGCCUUCUCUACAUGGUACUUCAUGCGCGUGUUGUCCUAGACUUGUGUGAGCGUCAUGAACAAGAGAUCAGUUUUGAGCAGGUUGAAGGUGACUUUGACUCAUUUGAAGGAAAAUGGCUUCUUGAGCAGCUAGGGAGUCAUCACACCCUGUUAAAAUACACUGUUGAGUCAAAAAUGCACAAGGAUACAUUCCUUUCUGAAGCUAUUAUGGAAGAGGUUAUAUAUGAAGAUCUUCCUUCAAAUUUGUGUGCAAUUCGAGACUAUGUAGAGAAGAGGGAGGCAGAUCACUCUUCAGUACAAUGUGAUCAGAGGAUAUAUAUGGAAGGAGAAAUCACUUCAUCUGAUCUUGACAGUGAUGAAGAUUUCGAUACAGCGGCCUAUGAAAUUUCUGAUUCCGCUUGUCAAAGUUCAUCAAGACAAAGGCCAAGGGUCCCAGGCCUGCAGAGGGAUAUAGAAAUUCUAAAGUCUGAACUAUUAAAGUUCAUUUCAGAACAUGGGCAGGAAGGAUUCAUGCCCAUGCGUAAGCAACUUCGUUUACAUGGAAGGGUUGAUAUUGAGAAGGCAAUUACACGCAUGGGUGGAUUUAGAAGGAUAGCAUCAUUAAUGAACCUUUCCCUUGCUUAUAAACAUCGUAAACCAAAGGGUUACUGGGACAACCUUGAAAAUUUGCAGGAAGAGAUAAGUCGAUUUCAAAGGAGCUGGGGAAUGGAUCCAUCAUUUAUGCCCAGUAGAAAGACAUUUGAGCGUGCAGGUCGCUACGACAUUGCUCGCGCGCUGGAGAAAUGGGGGGGUCUCCAUGAAGUUUCUCGACUGCUGUCACUCAAGGUGAGGCAUCCCAAUAGGCAGCCAAACGUUGCAAGGGAGAAGAAAGCUGAUAAUGUAUCACAAACUUCUGUAGAAGACCAAAACGAAACAGAAACGCCAUCUAAUCCCUAUAUAUCUCAAGAUACGCAAAAAUGGCUCUCAAAACUAAAGCAUUUGGAUACUAAUUGGGUUGAAUAAAGAACGUCUUACUCACUUCUCUGUAUAUCUUUCAGCCAUGUUAUUCUCUCAUACUAAAUUCUUAUAAUGGUCCAAUGUAGCUGAUCAACGGCCAAAGGGGAAGGUGGGGAAAUGAUUAAAUUCUUUGCAACCUUCCAAUCUUGUGAAAGGAUUAAAAAUACUUGGA